AUGGCCAUGGAUAAUGUAGACCCAGCCGGUCGCGGCUUCCUAGGCGACCUUGCACCUUCCGUUCUCCCAGUCUACCAAUAUCGGGACCGGGAGCAGUUGCUCAACACCAUCAAGCAAGCAGUCGCGACAGCAAGCAAGGCCACUACCAGUGAAUGGUUUCUUAUCAAACGCGUUAACAAUUCAAUAUUCACAAGUGAAUUUCUUCUGGCAAAAGAAGGCCCAUUUGCUUCCUGGUCCUCGUAUGACGCCCAGUUAGACCGUGUGCUAUUAAGAGUGACCAAGUCUAAAGCCCAUGAAGUCGCUUCGGAAAUCUUCCAAGUCCUACUCUACGAUGCAAUCAAGCCUAUGGGGAUGGAUCGCUCCCUUGACCCAACCGGAAGUGCUACCCACCAUGCUGCAAUAGGGGCUAAAGAAGCCGACAAGGCGUGGCAGCCAUUCCGACUCCCACGCGGCCGAUCAAAGGACUGGCCCAGUGUCGUACUGGAAGUUGCUUUCUCAGAGAGUAGGGACAAGCUGCAGUCAGAUAUAAGAUACUGGCUCCGAGCUUCAGGGGGCGAUGUGAAGGUGGUAAUCACCCUCCAAAUCAAUCAACACUCCCCCAACAUCACCAUCGAGGAUUGGGGAACCCAGGGCGACAAAUCUGUCAACCACCUUCAUCAAACCGUUCAGAUCUCAAGGAAGGGCAGUAAAAUCACAACCACGGGGUCUCCUCUGGUUAUCGAGUUCGAAAAGCUCUUCCUGAGACCCCCCAUCGAACCGAGAGAACGAAAUAUUCAGAUCGACGACGGGGAACUGCAAUUCUUAGCAGAGAAAGUUUGGGACUGGCAGGGGAUAUGA